UUCCCAUCUUGAACAGAAGGCCCGGCUCAUAGACAUCAGCAACGAUAUAGCAUUAGCAACCUUUUGUAUGGAGUUGAUCUAUAUCCUUUUAGCUGUUUUCAUAUUGUUCAAACUAAUCCAAAGAGUCAAAGCCCAGUUCUCUCCUCCAAAGAUGGUGUCCAAGGAGAUAAUUAAUACCGUUCAGCAGGCCAUAAAGAGCCAUGAAGUGUUUGUUGCUUCAAAGUCGUACUGUCCCUACUGCCAGGCCUCCUUGAAGACGUUUGAUCAGCUCGGAGUGAAGCCAUACGUGCUGCAAUUGAACCAGAUGGACGAAGGGUCCGAGAUUCAGUCGUACCUGAGGGAGCUGACGGGUCAGUCUACAGUGCCAAACAUCUUCAUCGGUGGUAAGCACAUUGGAGGCAAUUCUGACUUACAAGAGUUGAAAUUGAGCGGAGAGUUGAAGAAAUUGUUGAAGUUAUAG